CAGUGGGACGUGCUGGAAGAAGAGGAGAGCGUCUGUCUGUCCGUGUACUCCCUCAGAUCCCCGCCUGCGUGGCUGCUGACUUAAAAUGGCAGAUGGAUCAAAGGUGUUCAAGAAGACCAGCCCCAAUGGCAAGCUAUCCAUCUACCUGGGAAAGAGAGACUUUGUGGAUCACGUGGAGUCGGUGGACGCUGUAGAUGGUGUCUGCCUGAUCGACCCAGAGUACCUAAAGGACAGAAAAGUGUACGUCACGCUGACCUGUGCGUUUCGCUACGGCCGAGAUGACCUCGACGUUAUCGGCUUGACCUUCAGGAAGGACCUCUACGUCCUGACCACCCAGAUCUUCCCGCCGGUACCAGAUCAAGUACCCAAAACCCUCACUCCUUUACAGGAAAAGCUGAUGAAGAAGCUUGGGGAGAACGCCUACCCCUUCACCUUUGAGAUUGCCACCAACUUGCCCUGCUCCGUCACCCUGCAGCCGGGACCAGAUGAUGUGGGAAAGGCCUGCGGCGUGGACUUUGAGGUCAAAGGAUUUUGUGCUGAAAAUCUGGAGGAGAAAAUUCACAAGAGGAACUCGGUGCGCCUCAUCAUCCGCAAGAUCCAGUUUGCACCCAUGAAAACGGGGCCAGCCCCAAAGUCGGAGACCACCCGGCAGUUCAUGAUGUCUGACAAGCCCCUGCACCUCGAAGCCUCCCUGGAUAAAGAGAUCUACUACCAUGGAGACCCCAUCAACGUGACCGUCAACAUCAACAACACCACCAACAAAAUUGUGAAAAAAAUUAAGAUUUCUGUUGAUCAGAUCACAGACGUGGUCCUCUAUUCGCUGGAUAAAUACACCAAGACUGUGUGCACCGAGGAGAUAAAUGAGAAUGUGGCGGCCAACUCCACCUUCUCCAAAACGUACUCCGUCACCCCCACGCUCUCAGCCAACCGUGAGAAGCGUGGCCUCGCUCUCGAUGGCAAACUCAAGCACGAGGACACCAACCUGGCCUCCACCACCAUCCUGAGACCCGGCAUGGACAAGGAGGUGCUGGGCAUCCUGGUGUCCUACAAAGUGAAGGUCAACCUGGUGGUGUCCAGAGGAGGCAUCCUGGGGGAUCUCACUUCCAGUGAUGUUGGUGUUGAGCUGCCUGUCAUCCUGAUGCACCCGAAGCCUGCGGACAGUAAUGAGGAGGACAUUGUCAUUGAGGAAUUCGCUCGCCAAAAACUCAAGGGGGAGAAAGACGACGAAGACGAGAAGGAGGAGGCUGACAAAGAGGAAAGCUAACCUGCUGCCUGCUCGCACGGACAGCCACCGGUCCCACGCGCCCCAGUUUGGGCCAUAGAUGCCCGUAGCGUGUUCCCUGCUGUACUGCACGCAGUGCAGACACCUCAGCCCUCUACGCGCAGUGCGAUGUGUUCCCCUAGGUCCACCUUCCUACCCCGGGCUCCUCACUCUGACUCCAAGCCCUGGUUGCGAUGGCGGGAGCCGCUGCAUCUCCUCCCGGUACCGCCACGUUGGAAAAGCCCGACUGCGUGCAGGACAGUGCUCCCACCUCCUUGCACCCAUGGCCGCCUUCGAGGGGACAGGGCCAGGGAGGGCGCAGCGGAGCCCAGCCAAGCGCCGU